CAUGCCCCGUGCGCACUGCGCGUCCUGGCCUGUCAGUAGCAGCCAGAUGGAAACGUAGGCAAGUGAAUUUGGUGAGGUCAUGUAUUUUUUUAAGCCGCACAACGGAAUAAAUCAUCCUUCACCGGCGGCAUAAACAAAAGUAGUCCGCUGCUCCGGAACAUUUCGCCGCUGAUCGGACCGCGGGGGGGAUCGAUAGUUAAGAUUUGGUGACAGAGAGGACAUUUUUGGAUGCGCAGAAAGCAGUAAUCGAAGAUUUCGCCAUGAACAAAAACAAGAGAGAAAGAGAGUUCUACAGCCUAGACGUCGGGGAUUCGACGUUUACGGUACUGAAGCGAUACCAGAACUUAAGACCCAUCGGCUCAGGAGCUCAGGGAAUUGUCUGCUCUGCUUAUGACCAAAUCCUUGAAAGAAAUGUUGCCAUUAAGAAGCUGAGUCGGCCAUUUCAAAAUCAGACCCAUGCCAAGAGGGCGUUCAGAGAGCUAGUCCUUAUGAAAUGUGUAAAUCACAAAAAUAUCAUUGGCCUAUUAAAUGUAUUUACACCCCAAAAAUCAUUAGAGGAAUUCCAAGAUGUAUACUUGGUGAUGGAGCUGAUGGAUGCCAACCUGUGCCAGGUCAUUCAGAUGGAGCUGGAUCACGAGAGGCUGUCCUAUCUGCUCUAUCAGAUGUUGUGUGGUAUCAAACACCUCCACGCUGCCGGCAUCAUUCACAGGGACCUCAAGCCCAGUAACAUAGUUGUCAAAUCAGAUUGUACACUGAAGAUUUUGGACUUCGGCCUGGCUCGGACGGCCGCCACUGGCCUCCUGAUGACGCCAUAUGUGGUUACACGUUACUACAGAGCACCAGAAGUUAUCCUGGGCAUGGGCUACCAAGCCAAUGUGGACGUAUGGUCAGUGGGCUGCAUAGUGGCCGAGAUGAUCAGGGGAAGUGUGUUGUUCCCCGGCACUGAUCACAUCGACCAGUGGAACAAGGUCAUCGAGCAGCUAGGCACUCCAUCUCAGGAUUUUCUAAUGAAGCUGAACCAGUCAGUAAGAACAUAUGUAGAAAAUAGGCCACGCUACGCUGGAUACAGCUUUGAGAAACUCUUCCCAGACGUGCUCUUCCCUGCUGACUCUGAUCACAACAAACUGAAAGCAAGCCAAGCAAGAGAUCUCUUAUCCAAGAUGUUGGUGAUUGACGCCUCCAAGCGGAUCUCUGUAGACGAGGCCCUGCAGCACCCCUACAUUAAUGUUUGGUACGACCCAGCUGAGGUGGAGGCGCCCCCUCCAAAGAUCCUGGACAAACAGCUGGACGAGAGAGAGCACACUGUGGAAGAGUGGAAAGAGCUCAUUUAUAAGGAAGUGAGCGAAUGGGAGGAGUGGACGAAAAAUGGAGUGAUAAGAGGACAACCACCUCCUUUAGGUGCAGCAGUGAUCGACAGCCCCCCUCAGCCCACGUCAUCCUCCUCCUCUUCGGCCAACGAUGUCUCGUCCAUGUCCACAGAUCCCACUGACCAGAGCAGUGAACCCACCAUGACCUCUGAAACAGACAGCAGCUUGGACAGCCACACCUCUCUGGGUGCUCUGGCCUGCUGCAGAUAACGCACACAUACAGCACACACACAAACACAGAAAAGAAAAAAAAAAACCUUCCUCAUCUGUGCACCUACUAUAGUGUGUGUGAUGGGAGAGGAUUCAGGCCAAUGGAACUUCUCAUGUUAGUUUUUAGAGCUGCGCUUUUAAUGUACAGUUUGUUUUUAUUGCCCCUAUACUACUGUAAAUGAUUGUGGUUUGAAAUUGUAUCAUUAUUACUGUAUUUUUGCUGCAAAGAAUCAGAGUAUGUUUUGAUGUGAAUCUGUGAUGUAUGUGAUGAAAGAGAGGGAUUCGAGUGUAGUUUACACAUAGCUGUUUUUUUAGCUACUGCUACACAGUAGGGUACCAUACUGUUAGCACUGAAAUAUUAUGUUUAGUAUAUUUUUGAAUUGUUCUUUUGCCAUUUUUGUAUAGUUUUUGGGACAUUUGAAUGAACCUACACUAAUGCUCUUUUAUUCAGUAGACUAUAGCAUAUUUCAUGUUGGAUCUUAAUGCAAAUGGAUGAUUUUUUUUUUGACAUUUUUCUCAUCUUUCUUGUAGAAAGUGUCCCUUAUUUCUUAGUAUUAUGUCACCUCUGAUUGUAUGCAUUUUGACAAGCCGUCAACUGUUAUCCCCCUCACCCUGAUAUUGAAUUUCUUUUUUACUCUAGCAUACUGUAAAACUGACUGCAUUUUAACUAGUUUGUUUAUUUAGUUGUAAUUUAUAGGUGACGGUCUGUUGGAUGAGGAAGAACAGGGUGAAUGUAAGUGAAUAGAAAUGUGGCAUAGUGAGGAGCCGAUGAUUGCUGUAAGCGCUGUAACAGAUUAAUGUAGGCCACUUCACUGGCUAGAAGGAGUGCUGUAUUUGGAGACGGUCAUCAGAGACUAAGCCUAAAUUAGUCACUUUACCCUUUUGGCAGGUUCUUUCAGACGUUAUUCACAGCUGUCUGAUGUUUUAAGAUAUUUAAUUUAAGUGCCCUUACUCAGUUCAGUGAUUUUUUCAGUCCUCUCCGUGGCAGAUGCUCUGUGGUGCGUCUUUCUGGGUUCUACCUCACACAUGCACACAACACUCAAACACACAAGUUUUUGAAGAUACAGUAUGUAUAUCAUAGCACACAUCAUUUGAA